CUUUCUGGGCCCGCAGCUGGGCAGAGACAGACCCCUAAACUUCGAUCUGGGACACACGCCAGGGAGAAGACGGGGAGUAGGGAAAUGCGAUGUCCCCUCUAGACCAACGCGGGGAGUGCUGCUUUAGGGUGAGCCAGUCGGACCAUGGGGAGGACACACCUCGCAGAGCAGAGGUGUUUGUGGAAGAGUAUUUGCAAAGCGCCGUGGGAGAUAACCUGAGCGUGUCCUCCCAAUGUUCCUCCUUCCUGCUUUUGAGGUCAGAAAUCGCACCUGCCGGCUCAAGAUCCGCUCUUCUCCCAGGCUCCGUCACUGCCGCCGCGGCCCCCUCUUGGCGUCCCUAACCCCGCCUCCAAGCCCGCUUUGACCCAAUCCGAAGUCUCGACUCUGCCCCUCGACUCCUGACCAAAUCCGUUCCUCCCGUCGGCCAAGCCCCCUCGGCACCGCCCCUUCCCACUUGCUCCGCCAAUCGCUCGCCUUGGUCCCGCCCCUCCCGACUCAGCCCCUCUCACGCUACCAAUCUGUGCCUCUCGUCCCGCCCCUUGCUCGCCGAGUCCACCAAUCGCUCCCUUUGGGAAGCGUGGUCUGGUAUCCCGCAGCCCUAGCGGGUCGCGCCGGAGGGGGGGAGGCGGAAGUGGCGGCGCCGGGCCCCGGGAGUAGGAAGGAGCCGGGGCUGCAGCCGGAGCGGAGCCGCUGCCAGCCGAGGAGCAGGCGCGGCCGCGGCGCCAUAUUGCGGCCCUCAGCGGCCGCGACCGAGUCAUGGCCGAGACCUACGACUUCCUCUUCAAAUUCCUGGUGAUCGGCAGUGCGGGAACUGGCAAAUCAUGUCUCCUUCAUCAGUUCAUCGAGAAUAAGUUCAAACAGGACUCCAACCACACGAUCGGCGUGGAGUUUGGAUCCCGGGUGGUCAAUGUGGGUGGGAAGACAGUGAAGCUACAGAUCUGGGACACGGCCGGCCAGGAGCGGUUUCGGUCGGUGACCCGGAGUUACUACCGAGGGGCGGCGGGAGCCCUGCUGGUGUAUGACAUCACCAGCCGGGAGACGUACAACUCGCUGGCCGCCUGGCUGACCGACGCCCGCACUCUGGCCAGCCCCAAUAUCGUGGUCAUCCUCUGUGGGAACAAGAAAGACCUGGACCCUGAGCGUGAGGUCACUUUCCUGGAGGCCUCCCGCUUUGCCCAGGAGAACGAGCUGAUGUUCUUGGAAACGAGCGCACUCACGGGCGAGAACGUGGAGGAGGCCUUCCUGAAGUGCGCCCGCACCAUCCUCAACAAGAUCGACUCAGGCGAGCUGGACCCCGAGAGGAUGGGCUCAGGCAUCCAGUAUGGCGACGCCUCACUUCGCCAGCUGCGGCAGCCACGGAGCGCCCAGGCCGUGACCCCUCAGCCCUGUGGCUGCUGAGACCUGCGGAGCCAGGUCACGACGCCUUUCUCUUUCAGCUCACCUGUUCUCCAGGACCAGCCCUGUCCUUCUGGCUGGGGCCCACGUCCGGGCCCUAGGAAGCCGUGUCCCAGCUGCCCUGGCCCCAGAGAAGCUGCCCCGCCACCUGUCCCCCUUCCCUGGCCUGGUGGGGCCUGGCUUUGGGGCAAGACUGAGCCACGGGGGAAGGGGGAACCUGUACCUGCUGCUGCUUCCUCUGUCUUGGCUAACCUCUGUCCCCCCCGGAUCCCUAACCACACCCCAAGAGCUCCCAAAGCCUGAGACCAGGGCCAUUCGGCCCCCAGUCCCCGCCUGGCCCUGCUGUUGCGAGUACGUGUUAUUUAUUACCUGGAGGCCUGUCCCUUCCUCUCCCGACCCCCAUAAAGCAUUGUUUACACCUGUG